CCUUGCCCGGGAGGAGCCUCCAUGCCCCAGUCGGCCACUCCGCAGGCCCAGAUGGAGGCUGCAGCGGACAGGACAGGCGACCGCCCUCAGGAGGUGCCUUGGGGUGUCUGGGCCCAACACCCCCACAAGGGGCAGGGACCAUGCCUGGCCCGAGUAGGCAGCAGUGGUGGCUGUGGCCAAGCCUGGGCGGCAUCAGCCCCUGGCACCAGCGAGUUGUGGUGGCCCCCCUCACAUAGAAGAGCAGCAGUCUCCAGUGUGCAGGGGAUGACGAGCUCCCCCACACCCGGCCACCCAGAGGACAAGGCCAUCCCUCCUGGACACACAGGCCAUGUGGGGCUCCCAGGAGCUGCCUCUAGUGUGGUUUCUGGUGCUGGUUGUGGGUGCCACGGAGCAUGUCUACCGGCCCAGCCGCAGGGUAUGUGCAGUGGGAGUUGCCAGGGGCCCCAUCUCCGAGUCCUUCGUGCAGCGUGUGUACCAACCGCUCCUCACCACUUGCGAUGGGCACCGAGCCUGCAGCACCUACCGCACUAUCUACAGGACCGCCUAUCGCCGCAGCCCUGCCCGGCCGCAAUUCGCCUGCUGCCCUGGCUGGAAGAGGACCAGUGGGCUCCCUGGGGCCUGCGGAGCAGGCCUCCCCUACCCACAGCAAUAUGCCAGCCACCGUGUGGGAACGGAGGGAGCUGUGUCCAUCCAGGCCACUGCCACUGCCCUGCAGGGUGGCAGGGUGACACCUGCCAGACAGAUGUGGACGAGUGCAGCACUGGAGGAGCCGGCUGUCCCCAGCGUUGUGUCAACACUGCAGGCAGCUACUGGUGCCAGUGCUGGGAGGGGCACGGCCCGUCUGCAGAUGGCACACUCUGCCUGCCCAAGGGAGGGCCCCCCAGGGUGGCCCCAGGUCCCACAACAGGAGUGGACAGCAUGGUGAGAGAGGAGGUGCAUCAGCUACAGUCCCGGGUGGACAUGCUGGAGCAGAAGCUGCAGCUGGUGCUCGCCCCCCUGCACAGCCUGGCCUCGCGGGCCGUGGAACAGGGACUCCAGGACCCUGGCCGCCUUCUGGCCCACUCACUGCAGCAGCUGGACCGCAUUGACUCACUGAGCGAGCAGAUAUCCUUCCUGGAGGAGCAGCUGGGGUCUUGCUCGUGCAAGAAGGAGCUGUGAGGAGCCUUCCGCACUGCAGGCUGCACUGACCCACCCCAGCUCCCCUACCUCUAGUCCCCUAGCUGGGCCUGAUGCCAUUCCUGGUGAUGGCUGUGGGCAGGCUGGGAAGGGCCCUUUCUUUGUCCCACUGCCUUAGAAGGCUCCCAGGGAGGACUUGGGUGUGGGGUGAGGUCCUCUGCAUGAUCGCCCUCCCACCAUGGCUGGAUUUUCCAGGGCUUGGUGGGUCAGAGGCCAGGGAAGGUACGGGGGCUGCAUGCCCAGGGCUGGGGACCACUGGGGCUCACUGGGCAGUCUGCCUGGCCAGGGCAGAGGCCUGUCUCAUGUCUGCCAGAAUAAAAUCAAGACUUGAGCUGCU